CGGCAAGCGCGCGCGACUUCGGGGCAGUGGCUUUCGUACAGUUCGUAGCGUAACUGUGUUGAUUGACGAUUAACGCGACUUAUCGUGUGUUAUUAAUGAUUCGCCGGGCGUUUUGAAAGAAUCGCGUGUUAUCCCGUGUUGCGUGCGUCGCGCGCCAGAGUGUUAUCGGCCCGCGGCAGUGCCGUUGUUAUUUUCGACCGCGCCGGCUCCCCGUCGCUCCCGUGGUUAUUCGCGCGUUACUUUGGUGGUUAGGAACAGGAAGGUUAAUUGCAGCGAUGGGAAACGUUCACACCUGCGGCCCGAACGAGGCUCUCGUAGUGUCGGGAGGAUGCUGUGGCUCCAUGAAAAAGAGGACCAUCGUCGGCGGAUAUGCAUUUACAUGGUGGUUCGUGACCGACGUUCAGCGAUUGUCGUUGGAGGUGAUGACCCUGAACCCGGUGUGCGAGAGUGUGGAAACGGCGCAGGGUGUACCGCUGACGGUUACCGGUGUCGCGCAAUGCAAGAUCAUGAAGGCUGACGAAUUGUUGCACACUGCCAGUGAACAAUUUCUCGGGAAAAGCGUUCACGAGAUCAAGACUACGAUUUUGUCCACCCUGGAGGGUCACCUACGAGCUAUAUUGGGAACACUCUCGGUAGAGGAAGUUUACAAGGAUCGAGAUCAAUUCGCGGCCCUUGUACGAGAAGUUGCCGCACCGGAUGUCGGCCGUAUGGGCAUCGAGAUUCUGUCAUUUACGAUAAAGGAUGUCUACGACGAUGUUCAAUAUCUGACAUCGCUUGGCAAAGCCCAGACGGCCGCCGUUAAGAGAGAUGCCGACGUUGGUGUCGCCGAAGCGAAUCGAGAUGCCGGCAUUAGGGAAGCGGAAUGCGAAAAGUCAGCGAUGGACAUAAAAUAUAACACUGAUACGAAAAUUGAAGAUAACGCGAGACUUUAUCAGUUGCAAAAAGCUAACUUUGAUCAGGAAGUAAAUACAGCGAAAGCCGAGGCGCAGUUAGCUUACGAGCUUCAAGCGGCGAAGAUAAAGCAGCGGAUACGAAACGAGGAGAUACAGAUAGAAGUUGUGGAAAGGCGUAAGCAAAUCGAAGUCGAGGAGCAAGAGGUCCGCCGGAAGGAGCACGAGCUUCAGAGCACAGUGCGACUACCAGCGGAAGCUGAAUUCUAUAAAAUGGGAAGAAUAGCCGAGGGAAAGAGGACUCAAACGGUAAGCGCGGCGAAAGCUGAAGCCGAGAAGAUUCGAUUGAUCGGAGAAGCCGAAGCUCAGGCUAUGGAAGCUGUCGGAGUGUCGGAGGCCGAGCGUAUGCGCAUGAAAGCGACGGUCUACAAGAAGUACGGCGACGCGGCGAUACUCAACAUCACUUUGAAUGCCUUGCCGAAGAUCGCAGCCGAGGUCGCGGCACCAUUAGCGAGAACAGAGGAAAUCGUGCUCCUCGGUGGAAGUGACGCAACCAGUGGGGAACUUACGCGUCUCGUAGGGCAAGUACCUCCAGCUGUACAAGCAUUGACUGGUGUAGAUCUUUCCAAAGUACUAGGAAAAAUACCAGGCGCGAAGUAAUGCCAGAUGACGUUAGUUCCACGGAAGGCGACCGGGCGAACGAAUUUGGAAUCGGUUAGGAAGGUUUGAGGAAGGGGCAAGACUCAUAACUGCCAAAGGUUUCUCUGCUACUCUAUUAUCGAGCGAUGACACUCUCCGCUUUUUCCUCUUUCCCGAAUUUUGCUCUACCUCAAGUCUAGCCGGAGCAGCGCCAGCGAACACGCUUUCUCAUUCCUCAUCGUGCGGACAGGCCGUUCGACAUUGCUCGCGUCAUACUCGCACGUUCCUUAUUUACGGCACGAUGCAUAACAACGCAUACAAUAUUGCAUUUCAUUGAUAUGACAUCGUCGUGAUCGUGACUUAGGGGACGGGCGAUUAGCGCGACUUUGAAUUACAGAGAUAAGUCACACGAGCAUUCUACUCAUUCAAAGCGCGACAAUCCUCCAAAGGUUUCGAUAUACUUUACUGUUCCAGUUAUGAAUACUAAGUAUUCUUGAAAUUCUCGAGACAGCACUGCCCGCGGCCGUGUCUAAGAUGGGAACGAUAACGAGUACGUCGCAAUCAUAAUAUAUGGCUUUUAUCGUAAUGGAAUGCAUAAAGUCACGAAUGUUUAUAGUAGAACUUAUUUAUUAUUUGUACUAACUGUUUUAUCGAAAGCAGUAAAGGUAAAGUAAACAACGUUCGCUCGUAUAAAUCUUCAUUGCUUGCUAAGAUAUCGUUCGCUUUCGCACAAAGCAAAAUUAUUGACAGAAAGAAAGGCGGGUGAGAAAAAUUUGCAAAAAGGAAGAUUAUAAAUUUUUCAGCGAGCAAGCGAGUAGGAAUUGCAAUGUAAUAUAUCAAAUGAGAAUCAAGCCUAUUUAAUCACUGCCGAAAUAAGAAUCUUUUCUACUCCUUUUAAUCAUGACAGUCUUUCAGAUGUUAUUCGUUGAGUCUUCUAGAAACAGACGACCUCAUUUUAACUGAUUUUGAGAGAAAAUAUUCUUGUAAACUUUUCUCUUUUUUUUCCAUUUUAAUGACGAACUUAUGCAUUCCACUUAAUCCAUCGGGUUACAAUGAAUAGUCAGUAAUAAAUAUCAAAAUUCGAAGCUUAAACAUAACACCGAUAUAAUUAAGAGUUCUCUGACGUCAUUGUGUUCAACGUAAUUAAGCGAUUUAACAAAAGAGGAAAAGAAAAAGGAAUAAACGUUCAACGCGUUCCAUGACGUGCGUUAGCUGCCGUCUGUAGUCGCUGUACAUAUUUAGAGUCACGUAUGUAUAAUAGCCAAGAGGUUUCUAUUACAUUGUGAAACAAAAAAGAAGAGAAUAUGCGCCACGCGGGCGUACCAUGCGCAAUUUAAAGAUAUACUUGACCGUAAUUACUUCAACGCUCGAUAUGAUGUUCUCGGUUGACCACGCAUCGGAAUUCCCAGUGAAAAGAAAAAGAAAGCGAUAUUCCAAGUUAAACAAGUGCCAAUUUGUACAUACGACACCGAGUCACUGAUAGAGGAAACCUGAGUGAUCUGAAAGUUCGAUAUUAUUUGUACCGUAACUUACCGAUUACUUAUUACGUGGAUCUAACAUAUAUAUAUUAUUAUUAUUAUCUUGUUUUUCAGUUAUUUUUUUAUAUGCUUUUACAUAGUUUCUUUAGAUAGAUUUGUUUUAUUUUGAAGAUAUUUUUAUUGCCAUACUCGACGCUUAAACGGCCGGUGUAUCAUCCUCCGUUAACGGCCAGCAAUAUGUUAUUAUAUAAUAAUAAGUAUAUCAAACAAAAAAUGUGGAAAAAAAUGUCAAGCCGUAAUCGAACAAAACGAUCGAAGAAGCAUUGUGCGAUCAGCAAACAUACCUAACCGAUCGUUUAAGUAAAGAGAUAUAUGUUCAUAUUUUUGUUAUUAUUUUAUUUAAUGAGUAAUAAAUGAAUUGAUAAAUUAAUAUAUACAAUAUAAGCGCAUAUUUCUCCAUCAAUCCUUGCGAUUAUCAAGGAGGGAAGUCAGGGGCGAAGAUCGCCGUUCAGAAUGCAUGUCUUCCCAAAAUCGUAGUGCAGUAGAGAGCAGUACAAAAGGAAAAGUCAAAGAUUCCCUACAGGGACUAAUAAUAGUAAUAAUAAUAGAACAUUUAGCUGUUGAGUCAAUUUAGUAAAUGUAUGCAAAACCUAUGGAGCAAAUAUUUUAUAUAACAUACAUUGCCGGUUCUAAUAAUUGCCGCGCUUUUAGUCGACAUUAUUUCGCAGGUCUUUGAUUAAAAUAAUAAAAAAAUUCUAUAACCAGAAAUAAGAAUAAAAAAAACUCUUAUUCGAUAUAUUUUUUUCAAGGGUUUGAUGCAACCCUUCCGAUGAGUAGUCAAUGCGAGAAAACACACACACACGUAACACAAAGCAACAUACACGCGCGCGUGCAAUACAUGCACGCGAGUACAUACAAAAAAAAGAUAUUAGAGUAGUUAUAAAUUUUCGACAAAUUCCGAUUUGAUCGGCUUAUAUUAUAAUCUAUCGAAAAUAAUUACCGUUCAUCUGCCAGGCGUCCAAUCUGCUUUCCCAGACGACAAUGAACCAAGUAGUAUCUCCGUUUCUGUCGGGAUGGGACAGCAAGAUGGGAUAAUAUAUCUUAUGGAUAUUCAUUGGCCCUUCCACCUGAUAUUACUUGAUUAACACUAACAUGUACUAACGUUUUUUUUUAUACAUAUAUAUAUAUAUACUAAUGUGCUUCAAGCAUGUUCUAUUAAUACUUCUUUCUCCCCUUUAUGUAAAGAAAAGGUAACGCUUAAAUAAUAAUCAGAAUGUUUCGCAUUAACCGCCUCUUCGUUGAAGUAAGAGAAAAAGUCGCGUUCGUCGUUCAAGCCUAGUUAAGAAAAUUGUGUUUGUGCGAUGCGAUCGGUACAUCGUGAGGGGAAAGAUACGUGCAACUUUCUAUCGCGCAUCGUCUUUGUAUGCGCUAUUUAUUUGCUAUUAUUAAUAUAUAUCUCUAGUAGGGGAUAUACUCUACUCGUUCAAGCUGGUUCUUUCUCGGUACUAACACAAAUCUGACGAAGGAAAAAAAGCCAUCACGAUGCACGGUGUGUUUCGUACUGUACGAUGUUUCGUAGCUGAAAUUAAAUUCGACCGCCAUUAGUUGUAUGAGUAUGUUCGAAACGUUCGACUCUUGCGAUUCAGACGCAGAAGGGACUCGAUUUUUUCUAGUAUAGUGUUUUAGCUAAUUCCAUCUUUCGUGAAUGAGAAAUCUAUGUAUUUACGAUAUAUAAUAUAUGUACACAUAUACUAUAUUUUUUCUGUUUGUUUGUCACUCAACAUCGUCGCGAUUAUAUCGUGUAUCGAAGGGGGUGUGUGUUCUGUAUAAGCGCCAUUCUCUCUCAUUAGCAGUAGCAGCGCAGGUUUUUUAAUCAGUUAUCAUAACACGAUUUUAUACACACUGCACGAUAAAGAUGAAGUUAUUAAAAAGAAGCAUAAUCGAUCCGCGAGAAAAUUAAUUCAUUAACGGCCAAUGUCCCACCUCUGGGAUUAAAAUCGUACGAGAAUACUAGAAUACUUUUUGUAAUAAAUGAUCUCUUUGUAAACUGUUCAGCAAGCAAUCUUCACGGAUGUUGAUGUUCUCUUCAAGGAAAAUCAUGUAUCGUCGAGAAGAAUAAUCAUUAAAUAAAAGAGGGAGACAAUUGUGGCUUAUUAUGAUAUAAAUUCUUUAUAUUGUAAUUUUAAAAUAUAAAUAUAUGGCCUUUAAUGAGUUAAAUGAUAAGAAUAAAAAUGCACUUAAAAAAAUUGCGUAUUUUUCGCGGAAACAGCGGAGAAUAUUAGGAUUGAUCACAAAUUGUCGAUCGUUCUAUAUAUAAAUAAAUAUAUAUAUACAUCAUACACACACAACUGUUAUAAUAAAUCUGUUAUUUAAGCUUGAAGCCGUAACCUGAUACCUGUAACGUGCCGUUUUGCUCUGUUUCCUCCCUAAAUAUUGACACCUUAUCGAUGGAUGACAUAAUGAUAUUGCAUAAUGAUAGUGUUAUCUGUUACGAAUGACAAAAAAGUAUUGCGUGCGGGUAAUAGCACGCACAUUCGACCGCAAUCUUGCUGCUCUCUAUAAAUAUGCGACCAAUAUGCAGGACACUCGUGUGCCAUAAAAUUAAUGAAAAUGAAACUAAUCUUUAUUUUGUAGUUUGUAGCAAUCAGUGCUAUGUAACUCCCUCGAUAAGGCUUUAAGCUCGAUGUGAUUCUUGCGUUGAACGUAUUCUGGAGAAGAAGAUUAACAUUCGACAUUCUGCGUUAGUACAAGAGCACUAUUGUAUUAAGAUCGUGAUGCUUAAAAGCAUUUGUUUUGCCGUCUUCGAUAUACAACAUAAUACAUUUCGCACGAUUAAGGAUCUUCGCAGCUUCCUCGAACGAACAUUCGCAUCGAUUAGAGCUAUAGUUUUCUUUUAUUCAUUGAGAUUAAGAGGAGCGAAAGGAGGAAAAGGAAAUUUGAGUGCUUAAGGGAACAUGAUAUGUUCAAUGCUUUACUCAGACUUCCUCGUACUUGCGCUUUGCAUGUUUGCGUUUAUCUCCCGAUAUUUUAUACAAUCGAUUUCGUCUGUGUGAUAUCGAAGAUCUUUAAUCAGAGUUACUGUAAAACCGUUGUGUGAUGUGUAACCACCGUGUGCAUUCUCUAUGUGAAUUCUUCGUUGUCACGAGCAAUACUGUGUUGUUUCACAUUUAUUUUUGUAUUGCGUGCAAGCACGAUUCCUCUCGAUUAACAAGAAUCUCUUUAUUGUAUGCGAGACGCGCCAACGCGUGGUGUGCCAUGACGGUGGUGAUCGUUGAUGAUUUUCAAGCGCGAGCUCCCGUUAAAAGCUCGCGGGACACCCGCGAGGACGCCCGACCAAAAAGGAAAACGCGGAAAAGAAAUGUCUCUCCUAAGAGGAAAAUUCAUGAUUCUAGUUAGAAAUUCCGAAUUGCACCGAGAAGUGUCUGGAUAAAAUAAAUCUAGUCUUUUGUAAACAAUGAACACAAGAUAAUAUAUAUUUUGAAAGUUAUGUGCUAGAGACGUCUCGAUGCGUAGAUAGAGAGGACAAUAUUAUAUUAUUGUGUCAUAUUCUACUCUAACUGAAAGUAAUGGGAUACACAAUGUAAAGUUAGUGCGCAUAUUUUUAAUAAAUGGAUUACAAAAUUA